AUGGAAAACGUAAACAAAAGGGACAUCCUUGUAAAUUAUUUAAGACUGUGCAACAAGAACGAUAUGGCCGAGGCAGUGGUCAAAUACUGCGAUGAGGAUCGUGGGAUAGUUUUCAACAGGCACCCCGCCAGAAAUGAGAACAAAUUUGGAGCGAUCUACGAUUACGCGGCUUCUACACAGUCCAAAGUAUCAAGCGCGACGAGCUCUUUGCACGAUUUAAAAGGGUCAAUGGAAAAAGGAAGCAAUGGAAGCAAUCGAAGUUGUAUCAGCAUAGUGCAAUCCAAAUGCUUUUAUAAGAGUAAAAGCUCUCUGGAAAGUCUGCAAACAGAUAAGCACCCAAACAGUUACAUAUCAUACGGUAGCAAACAGGAAGUGCAGGACGGAGUAGUACAGACGAAUGACCCCAUUUCCGAUGUGCUGGAUGAUAUGUGUGAAAUUGUAGCACCUGAAGGCAAGGGCAAAUUUUUAAAAUUUAUAGGGGAGAAUUAUGUGUACGUCUUGCUGGAAAAUGGCACAUACAAUUGCUACCCCAUGGACCUCCUAAAGCUAAAUCGAUCCUACCUGAAGACAAACGCCAUGUACAACCUUCGAAUGAACUACAAAGAUAGGGCUUUAAAUCACACUAGGAAUGUCUUAAAAGAUAAAAUUGCUUCAUUGCAACGCAAGGAGACCCCCUUAAAUGAAAAUAAAGGAACUUCCGACGAGUUCGUCGCAUUUCCUGCUCACAUGGACCAUUUGAGAGACUACAUAAUGAAAAACGAUUUAGAGCAGGAAAAUGCUUCGUUCAAGAAUGAAGAAGCGGGUGCAGGUGAACCUGACAGGAGUCACAUACCAGGGCACCACAAUUUGGCUAUGAAAACUGUUAAGGUUAAAUCGUUAAAUAGUAGGUACACGUUGGAAGGGUCCCAGGGUGAUGAAUAUGACCCUAGUCAGGGGGAGCAUAGCAUCUGUGAGAAUAACCUAACCCUUGCAUCUAUGGAAAACGCGCUGAAACAUCCCUCUUCCAAUUUUUGA